AUGCGUCUCUCAUCAUGCCUCGUCGUUGCGGGCUUGUCAAUGGGUGUGAACGCCUUUUAUCCAUUUGAGAUCAAGAUAGACUCGACACCAAGUAUCUCAACCUUGAAGAAAGUUCAACGUCGUUUCAUGCCCUGGACUCUGCUGCCGGACACAUCCGAAGAAGAAAACACAAACGCCAAGCCAUUGACCCUCGGCAUCAAAAAGUUCCCUGUCCGCCGUGAUAAUAGUUAUACCAUUGUCGAAGCCAACACCCCGACUUUACCUACCAGUGCCCCACUGGAUCAAGAUGGUAAUGAUUACUCUUAUUUCUCAAUGGUGGAAGUUGGGUCGCAGAAGGAACAAAUGUGGUUGGUUCUCGACACUGGAUCGCCUAGUACCUGGGUGUUCGGUUCCGACUGCACAUCCUCAGUCUGCACAAGCCAUAAUGUUUUCGACACAGACAAUUCAACCACCUACUACUCGAACAGCUCUACUAUUACAGUUGGAUAUGGAAGCGGUACCAUCAAGGGAAGCCUAGGCCAAGAUACAUUGUCGAUCGCGGACAUGGACGUCACCCUUACAUUUGGACAAGCCACCUCAGCGACAUCGGCUUUCGCAAGCUAUCCCAUAGACGGAAUCCUUGGUCUGGGCCGAUCAGGUACUGCGGGGUGGACGAUCCCCUCCUUCAUGGAUGCUGUCGCCCAGGAUGGUUAUCUCACGUCCAAUAUCGUUGGAUUCCACCUUUCGCGUGCUGCAGACGAUGCGAAAACUGGUGAGGUGAACUUUGGUCAGGUUGAUACCACCAAAUUCAACGGCAACAUUAGCUACACUACCACCAACUCGGAUAUUUGGUCCAUUCCCCUGGAUGAUGUUUAUGUGAAUGGCUCAGCCUGCGGCUUUUCGGGCAAAUCCGCCACCAUCGACACUGGGACCACGUACAUCCUGAUCCCACCAGAUGAUGCGGCAACACUCUUCGCUAUGGUUCCCUCAUCCAAGAAGUCUGGUGACAACUACAUCAUUCCAUGCGACUCGACCACGACCAUUGAGUUUGAAUUCUCCGGUAUCAAAUAUUCCAUUUCGCCGGAGGAUUAUAUUGGGGCCUCUAGUACAGACGGCUGCGUGUCCACUAUUGUGGGCUACCAAUCCUCCGGAGCUGACCAGUGGCUUGUUGGCGAUGUUUUCCUGAAGAACGUCUAUUCCGUCUUCGACUUCGAUAACGGUCAGAUCGGCUUUGGAACAUUGAACAAUUCAACUGCCACAGGAAAUGGAACUUCUACGACCCCAGCUGUCACUACAAUUGCAGGCUCUGUCGUCACCGCAACUAGUACCGCAGCUAGCACUGAAACUUCAGCAUCGGAAACCUCGUCUGUCGCAGUUCUCAGCGCCGGAUCCCGCUUUUCGUUCACUGUUGUGCCUUCGCUUGUCGUCAUCUUUGCCGCCAUCCUUCUUUAA